GCUCCUCAAAAGACGUCAUCACCUGUCGCCAUAUUGGUUCAGGAGGUGGAAAGUAUCAAAGUAGAAGUCUGUUGCAGAGUAUGACUUCCCUAACACAGCGAAGUUCGGGCCUGGUGCAGAGGAGGACCGAGGCCUCUCGUAAUGCAGCCGCCGACAAGGAGAGGGGGUCCGAGGAUGAGGACUACGAGCCACGCCAAGAGGAAGAGGACGAGAAGGGAGACUCCAAAGAAACUCGACUGACGUUGAUGGAAGAAGUGUUGCUGUUGGGAUUGAAAGAUCGAGAGGGCUACACUUCCUUCUGGAAUGACUGCAUUUCGUCUGGUCUUCGAGGGUGUAUGGUCAUCGAACUGGCUUUGAGAGGAAGACUGCAGCUAGAGGCUUGUGGCAUGAGGAGGAAAAGCCUGUUGGCCAGAAAGGUGAUCUGUAAGUCAGACACUCCUACAGGAGACAUGUUGCUGGACGAGGCCCUGAAGCAUAUCAAAGAGACCCAGCCCCCAGAGACAGUUCAGAGCUGGAUAGAGCUGUUGAGCGGUGAGACGUGGAACCCAUUGAAGCUGCACUACCAGCUGAGGAAUGUCCGUGAGCGCCUGGCCAAGAACCUUGUGGAAAAGGGCGUUUUGACCACGGAGAAACAGAACUUCCUCCUCUUCGACAUGACCACACACCCACUGACCAACGACACCAUUAAACAGCGGCUGGUCAAGAAAGUCCAGGAGUCCGUCUUGGACAAGUGGGUAAACGACCCGGGGCGCUUCGACAAGCGUGUGCUGGCCCUGAUCUUCCUGGCCCACUCUUCAGACGUGCUGGAGAACGCCUUCGCCCCGCUGCUGGACGAACAGUAUGACCUGGCCAUGAAGAGGGUACGUCUGCUGCUGGACCUGGAGCCAGAGGCGGAGAGCACCAAGGCCAGUGCCAACGAGCUGCUGUGGGCCGUGGUGGCAGCCUUCACCAAAUGAAGCCCUACCGGAAACAAACGAGAGAUGGAAUUUAAAAAAACACUACAGACCUAUGAGGCUCAGAACUCCCAUGUUCUGAUAUGACGACAACGAUGAUGAUGGAGAUGGCAGAGAUGAUGAAGAUCACGGAGCAUGGCCCUCCCUCUGUAUUGAGACAUGGCAGUUACCCCUGACCUCUGAGUCACUGUCCUGUUCUCUCCUGGCCAGUUGGGUGACAUCCAGUACUCUGUGUGUGUGUGUCCCAAAUGGCACCCUAUUCCCUAUAUGGCUCUGGUCAAAAGUAGUGCACUACAUAGGGAAUCGGGUGCCAUUUGGCACGUGGCCUUUCUGUUCACUGUGAGACCUUGUGUAACCUUGAGCACUUGCGUCAGUAGCUGGCACCCACCCAGGUCGGUGUUCUUCCAUUUAGAAGGGACUUUAAAACUGCUAGGCCUUGCUUGACCACCAUGGCCCAGACCUACUGACAUGAUCAUCUGACCUGAUAUGAUGACCGAUGACCUACCAGAGGACCUGAUAUGUUCUGAUAUCGUACAGAACAUUAUUUGUCUUUGCUUUUGCGUUAGUCACUUUGAGGAGGGUGCAUUCUACACAAGUUCCUAGACAUGACCUAUAGACAUCAUGUCGUUUUAUCUUGCGAAUAAAUGUUAACCAUCUCCAAACUAUUUUGCACAUUCAACAAGAGACCUAGAGGAGUUGACUAUUUGUGAAAACAGAAAAAAUACUGAAAAGUUUUAUUCCAUGUACCAUUUAUUUUGUUCAGGGCACCAAACAAUGCAUGCUUUAUUCCUGUUAAGAUUUACUUUCUGUCCCCCUCUCCAUGUACUAAAGUGUCGUAGCUUGUCCAUACCAUCAGUUUCAGACUAUUCUCUGCUCUGCAACUCUUAUCAUGCUAUUGCAGAUAUCCAGACAUUGCACGUCUCCUCUUUGCAGGCGAACUGGUUUCGGGUGUUCAUGUGUGCAAAGUCAUAUUUUGAAGAGGUACAGUCUCAAGAAAGAAAUUCUCUCAAAUCUGACAAAUCUCUAUGUCCUUUUAGUUAGUGUAUUGAAAAAUGAUAUUGGCAUAUGACUGGAUAGGAGAAGCUUCUCCUCCUAAAACAGGCUAAUUGUAUUUUAUAUGGCUUAGUCUCCCUAUCGGACAGUAUAAUCUUAACGCUUUUGAUUUUAUGCCAUAAUAUGUAUAUUUUUUCUAUUGAGACAUUUUUAUUGCUUUAAUAUAAUUCACAUAAUUUCAUUCAGAUUUAGUUGGUUGUCAUCAAUGGUUUGGCCUUUUCCUUUCCUCUUCUAUGACUGUCUGUUGGUUGUACUGUUCAUGACUCAGUGAGUAGGAGUUGCCCCUAACCACUGACACGGUGGAAGAUCCUCAUUAUGGUUAGGGUUAUCUGAUCCUAGAUCUGUGGUUAGGGGUAACUUCUACCUUGAGCAUUUGACUCAUCUGGAGGGUGUAAAGACCAAGUAUGGUGGAGGGAUCGGGUGGGGUUAAUGAUUAUAUGGUAUGGAGGGACUGAUUAUUAUAUAGAAUUUGAUAAAUGAAUGUACAGUGUAAUAAAUGAAAGGGUGUUCUCUAUACUUCUGUAGGUUUAUUUUUUACCACACAAUAAAGGCUAGAUCGUUUAAGUGCCUGAAUACA